UGUUCUGGUUGAGGUUGGCUGGUUUCAGUUUACCAUCAACCACCGAGACAAUCCCAACGAUGGCCUUCCAACCCAAAAAGAUUAUCGUCAUCGGAGGAGAAGGCUUCCUGGGCCACAACCUAGUACAGACACUCCAUCGAACCUACCCAGACUCAACCAUCAGCUCACUCGACCUCACCAAGAGAUUCCCAGACUGCAAGGAUGAAGAACCGAGGAAAGAGCAAGGUCAAGCAGAGAACCAAGAAACCAACAACACACAUCAGUUCAUCCAGGCCGACCUGACCUCCCUGGAUUCGCUGCUCGAGGCAUUCCAACAGACCGAGCCAGAGCUCGUCUUCCAUACCGCCUCUCCCUGGUCCGGAAGCUCCUCGGAAAUCUGCGAGAAGGUCAACAUCCAAGGAACCCUUAACACCAUCGCCGCAUGCCUCAAGUUCGGCGUACAGAGACUCGUCUAUACCUCCAGUGCUGGCGUCGUCUUCAACGGCAACGAUCUCAUCAACGUCGACGAACGUUUGCCCGUCCCCAAGAUCGGAUGUGAUCCUUAUAAUACUAGCAAAGCCAGAGCUGAAGCCAUCGUAUUGGAAGCCAAUGGCAAAGAUUCACUUCUUACCUGUGCCAUCCGACCCGCCGGUAUUUUCGGGCCUGGAGAUCGACAAGCGAUUCCCGGGUUGAUCGAAGUUUUGAAGACCCGGAAACAUGGAGUCCAGAUCGGCGGCAACACGAAUCUAUUUGAUUGGACGUAUGUGGAUAAUGUGGUCCAUGCGCACAUCCUAGCGGCCGAGAAGCUGGAUCGAGUGGUCCCGUUGGGCGAGUUCUCGACGAGUUUAUCGCCGAUCAGCAAGACGGUAGAGCGUCGGAAUCUGCUGACGAGUGGGAGCAAGGCGGAGGAGGAUGACUCGAGCAUGGGCGGGACGGACGAGGUGUCGUUGGUGGAUCUAUCGACGUCAAGCAAGGACGCCGAGAGUUACAACCCGACGGGUUGGAUCCAGGGGCACGAGGGAAUGGUCGACCAAGCCGUGCCGGCCAAACGACACCGCUGGGACCAAUGGGCACCCAUCUCGACUCAGAUCAAUUAUCCCGACGACCAGGUCCGCGUCGCCGGUGAGGCUUUCUUCGUCACCGGCGGAGAACCCGUCUUCUUCUGGGACUUCGCAAGGGCCGUCUGGCACGAAUAUGCCGCCCAUUCCCCACAGGCUAAGGCCCUCAACCUCGACCCUAAACCGCGCUUCACUAUCGUCAUCCCUACCUUCCUCGCCCUCUUCCUGGCUUCCCUCGCUCAACUCUUCGCUAAACUCACCAACUCUACUACCCUCUUCACUCCCGAGAAAGUCCGGUAUACUUCCGCUUCUAAGUAUCAUAAUAUCGAAAAGGCUAGAGUCGUCCUUGGCUAUGAGCCUCUCAUUGGGAUCCAUGAAGGCAUCCAAAAAGCUGUCCAGUGGUAUAUAUCAAAUGAGUCUCUUACUCAAAGCUCUCAAACCUCAGAUAAGAAAAUUGAUUAACUUUCUAUCCUCUAUUAUUCUAUAAACACAUUGAAGUCUUCGUUAAUAACCACCCAAAAUUCUUGAAUUAUUACCUGUUCUCUUUUUGGGCAUCUGACUCUUCUCAAAGACUAAUAUAUAAUGUAAUGAUAUCGUUGAAUAAAAGAACAACAACAAGAAGAAAAAAUGUGAUUGCUUUUCAAGAAUGGUUGAGAGGUUUCUUUGAUCAGAUCAUUUGUGGGAAUACGAUUGCUUUCAUUUUGCUUUCCGAG